UCAGGCCGCAGGCAGAACGCACGCUGGGUCACGAGAGUCACACUGCUACAGAGUGUGUCCGUCAAAAGCGCGUCGUCAUCUUAAUUUGGGUGUUCUAUCUGGGACUUCCCUUUAGGCGUCCGGUGCGUCGCCCUCCCGGUCCUCGCCAUGGCGCGCGGUGCCCUGCUCGUCCUGCUGCUGGCAGCGCCCGCCCUCUCGUCCAUGUACCCCGACCUGUCCGAGUUCAAGAAGGGCCUCAAGAUGAACGCGCAGCGGUGCGCCAACGCCCAUCACGUCCAGUACCUGCAAGUCAUGGCCAUGAUGGAGGCGCCGAUGAGGACUGGCUACGACCGCAACUCGAAAUGCUUCAUCUGCUGCCUCAUGGAGAAGUACGAGAUGCUCACUCCGGACGGCGAGUUCAUGGACGGUACCAUGCGUCGCUAUGCCCUGGACCUGCCGGAGAGCCAGUUCAAGACGGUGGUCAACAAGUACCUCGACUUGUGCCUGCGCGAGGGUGGGUCACAGCGCCAGAGGAAAACCAAGGAGUACAGUGCACACCACUCCGUCGACCUGCUCUUGAAUAAUGACGACAUCUGUGAGAAGUGCUAUCAAUUUGCCAAAUGCUAUUAUGAUCGUUCAAAAGUGAAACCAGACGGCAGUAGAAAACAAUAUUACCAGCGCCAGCAUCUAAAUAACUACUAUGAGGGUUCUUCAGGCAGGCUUUUCCAGUCGGUGGGCAACUGGGCCAGCAAUCAAUGGAAUCAUGCAACUAACGGCCCAAAAGGACUUCGUGAUGCGAAAAACUAGCCCUCUAAGGAGCACAAACAGCUUUGCUUAAAACAUAUUUUAACAAAAUCAGUAUUGAUAUAUGCGCAAUCAACCAAUCCACAAGUACAAAACAACAUUGUAAGAAAUUAUUGUAAAAUGCAAACAAAACUUAAAAUUGAACAUACUUGCCUUCAGCAAAAUUAUUGAGACUGUUCAAAAAUAAGAGCAAGAAAUAAUAAAAUGCAUCACAAACUUA